GCCGGCGGCUCGGGCACCCGCAUCUCCACCAGCGCCGGCUUCGGACAGGGCUUCCGUGGGACCUUCCAGCUCAGCAUCACUGGCAGCGAUGUGCUGCUGGCUGGCAGUGAGAAAACCACCAUGCAGAACCUAAACGAACGCCUGGCCUCCUACCUGGAGCGGGUGCGCUCUCUGGAAAAGGCAAACUCCCUGCUCGAGAGGCAGAUCACGGAGUGGUGCCAGAAGAACACCACAGACGUACGGCAGGACUACAGCUCAUACUUCACAACAGUUGAAGAGCUCCAGAAUAAGAUUAGUGCUGCACAGUUGGAAAAUGCGAGGCUGGUCCUGCAGAUUGACAACGCCAAACUGGCUGCUGAUGAUUUUAGACUCAAGUAUGAGAAUGAACUCCUGCUCAAGCAAAGUGUCGAGAGUGACAUUCAUGGACUGAUCCGAGUUCGUGAUGACCUGACCUUGACAAAAGCUGAUCUGGAGUCACAGAUUGAAAGUGUGAAAGAAGAACUAGUUUCUCUUAAGAAGAACCAUGAGGAGGAGCUUGACCGGCUGCGCAAACAGGUGAGCGGCUCAGUCAGUGUAGAGGUGGAUGCUGCUCCAAGUAUUGAUCUGGCAACUAUUAUGGAAAAAAUGAGACAGCAAUAUGAAGAAAUGGCAGAAAAGAACCGUCAAGAAGCCAAAGAGCGUUUGGAAAAGCAGACAGAAGAACUGAACCAGGAGGUAGCGAUCAACGUGGAACAGCUCCAAGUCCAAAGGAGAGAGGUCACCGACCGGAGACAGGUCUUCCAGAGUCUGGAGGUGGAACUGCAGUCCCACUUUAGCAUGAAAAAGUCUUUAGAAGACACUCUGGCUGAAACCGAAGCACGUUACAAUUACCAGCUAGCCCAAGUACAGGAAGCAAUUGCCAGCUUAGAGGCUCAGCUGAGGCAGCUCCGAGCAGACAUGGAGCGUCAGAACAGUGAGUACAGCGCUCUGCUGGACGUCAAGACGCGCCUGGAGGCGGAGAUCACCACGUACCGCCGGCUGCUGGAAGGGGAGGACAGCGGACAUUUCCAAGUGGAUGUAUCCACAACAGAGAUCGAAAAAGAAUCAAGUAAAAUCAAGAAGAUCAAGACGAUUGUUGAAGAGGUGGUUGAUGGCAAGGUUGUCUCCUCCCAGAUCAAAGAGAUUGAAGAGAAGGUGUAA